CAAGGGGCUGCCGGCGCCGGAUGGCUCUCGCAGCGCAGACAGCCGGGCUCAAUGUCACCCGGCUGGACCGGGACUGGCAGGAGGUUUAUUCCUCUAUACAAUGGAUACAGUUUGUCAUGGCCACUUUAAGUGUUAUAGGUUCCAGCUCAAUUAUUGCCUAUGCUGUCUUCCAAAAUGUGGUGAGAUCCCCAGAGGUGCGUCCUCUCUUCUACCUGAGCCUCUCUGACCUGUUUUUGGGGAUGUGCUGGCUCAUUGGAGCACUUCUCUAUACCACCCCCAGCACAAAUCAAGAUGUUGUCUGCUAUAAUCUUCAAACAACUGGUCAGAUAUUUUAUGUAGCGUCCUUUCUGUACACUGUCAACUAUACUUGGCAUCUGUACAUGGAUUUAAAGGUGAAAUACAAUCAGAACCUGUACAGCAUACCCCCCCACGUUUUAGAUUAUGCAAAUCGCAUUGGCCGAAUAGCAACAAUUUUGUCCAGCUUGAUCCCUUUCCUCUUAAUGGUUCCUGUGUUUUGUCUGGGCAACACCCAUAAUUGCUACCAGAACUUCAGCCAGAAACAUGGGUGUCUCUUGAUGCACACAGAAACUGCCAUGCUCAUUGGCCAACUGCAAAACCACUGCGGUUCUGUUUGUUUUGUGAUGUAUUUCUAUGGCAUUGGAGUCUUCCUGAUCGCCUUCUUGAUCAGCUUCAUCGCCAUUAUGGUUCUUCUCAUCAAAGCCCGAGCUUUGUACAAAAGGUUCAUAAACUCAACAGGAUUCCUGGGCGAUCAGCAAUGGGCAAUGAUAAAAAUAGUGGAACAACGAGUAGUGUUCUACCCUAUUGCUUUCUUCUGUUGUUGGGGCCCAGCCGUUAUCCUUGGAAUAGUGAAGUUGACUGUAUCAGUGAACAGCAGAAUCUACAUGGCUCUUUAUAUUCUUCAGGCUCUAACAGCGGCUUCUCAGGGGCUGCUGAACUGCAUCGUUUAUGGGUGGACCCAGCACAUGUUCCGCUGCAUGAAACGCAAAGCUUGCCGUGACGUCGACACUCAGACACCUCUCUUACGUUCCCAGAAGAAGCACUAUGCCAGCACAUUUCAUGCCAGCACCCAAGACGCCACUGUAUCUACAUCCACGGUGUUGUGACAACGCUCCGCCGAGCAAGGAAGGAAUGGGCAGCCUGAGAGGCAGCAUACAGAGCCAAUCAGCUCACUUGCUUGUUCUGAACUGUUUUGUGAGUAAUAGGCACACAGAGCUAGGAUAAGGCUAACAAAACCUGAGCACAUCCAGAUGGAAAUCAGCUGCUUUCUGUGAAGAUCAUAAUUUAUUUUAUAGUUUUUAUGGAUUUUUCAUGGAUUAUUUUACCUUUAUAAGCCAUUCUGUACAGUUUUUUCCUUAUGAAAACAUCCCCAGAAUUUGCUGGGAAUUGUAGGUCAGAAACCCUUUACAGCUCCAAAAAGACCUUUUUCAUAAGAGUAGAUAACCAGGAAGUGUUUUUCUUACCUCAGUGAUUAUCAGAUAUUUGUAAUUACAAAUGCACAAUAAAGAC